CGGGGGGGCGAGCGAGGGAGCGCGGGCGGCGGGGUGGUGAGCGGCGGCGGCGGCGCGUCCGUGUCCCCCCCCCCGGUCCGGCGCGAGGUUGGUCGUGCCCGAGAAGAUGGCGUCGGGGCGCGCGCAGCGCCCGCCCCGGCAGCCGCGGGCGGGGAGAAGCGCGAUGGGCGAGUGGGAGCGGGUGUUCCUGCGGGGCCUGGCCCUGCCGCCCCCCCGCCAGCGCGGAAGGGCCCGCCCGCCGCCAUCCGCCGCUUUCCGCUGCGUGCUCGGGGCGCUGGAGGGGGCUGCCCUCACCCAGGGAGCCGAGUACCAGCUGCGCCUCUCCCUUUUCGACGCCACCUACCACCGCUUCUUCGGGAGGACGUGGAGGAGCGGCUGGAGAACUGCCCGCGCCGUCCCGCCGCGCCUGCCCAGGGCAGCUUUCAAUGAGACCGUUUACUUCCACACCUCCUUGAACCACCCCGGCAUCACCGCCGUCGUGGAAGUGGUGGUGACGGCCGGCAAAGGGGACGGGGGCUCUCAGCAUCUCUCCUGCGGCUUUGGGUUCAUCCCCCUUUUCGGCAGCGGGUCGGAGGCGACGGACCUGGCUGCUGAGGACAGAACGCUGAAGCUGUACCACGGGACCCCACGCGCCCUGCUGCACCCACGCUUCCAGGACCCCGUGGAAAAGAACAAAUACCUGACGGUGAUGGAGAAGAGCCACCUGCAGUACACCCUGAAGCCCCACCAGCCCCUGGAGACGAUAUUUCACCUCCUUCCUGAAAAUCUUCUGGUGUCUGGGCUGCAGAACAUUCCCGGUGUGCUGCCGGCGCGCGGAGACACAAAUGACUGCUUGCAGAAACCCCGGCUGAUGAAGCCGGUCACCUGCUAUCUGGAGAGGCUGUCCGUCCAGCUGUACCCUUCCCUGGAGGAAUUUGAGGAAGAACUGCUGGACUUACUGAACAGCGAUCGCUUACUGAAGGCUAAUGCCGCACCGGAUGGCAACGAGGUGACGGUUCGGGAGCGGCGGCUGCACGUCGGCGUCCACAAUGGCCUGCGCUUCAUCCAGGCGCCGCAGGUGGCCGUGCUGGUGCCGGAGGCGGAGGCGGCGCAGGGCGGCUGCGCGAGGGUGCCGGGCUCCAGAGCCAGGGGUGCAGGUCAAGCCCUGGUCCUGAGGAGCCGCAUCCACCUGAGCGAAAUGGUGCCUCACCCGGCGUUCGGGGUCUGCUUCCAGCUGGAGUACGUCUUCUGUGCCUCGGGCAGAGCCGGCGGGAAGGCCCUGUCCGGCAGCGCCCGCGGCGAGGGGGCUGACAUGUGCUCGGUGCGCUGGGCCGUCUGGAGCCCCGUCCUGGCCGCCGGCGAGGCGGAGGUGGUCCUGCCCCUGCGCGGUGGUGCCCGCCGCGGCCCCUGCCAAGCCUUGGUGUACCGGAGCCCGCCGGGCGGCAGGAGCUCUCGCCAGUUCCAGGGGAAGCACACCGAGUCUGGGACUGUCCAAUUCCAUGUUUCCACCGACUCGGAAGAACAUCUUGUAACUGCUGCAGAGAUCCUACGUAGAGACAGGGACGAGUCGGAGAAGCCUCCUACGCCAUCGCUGAGUCUGUCGGCCCCGCCGCAGAUGGCAGCCUCCCCGCGGGGACCAGGGGUAAGUGCCACGCGGUGGCGGGCAGCGGCGUUCCCGGGGGGUGACCCACGCGCUGAGGACGUGCUGCCGGUCCCGUCCUCUGCCGGUUUCCUGGCUGCUGCGGCCAAGAGGCACCGAGCGUCCUGGUCAGAUCCCCCUCCUCCGGGGCAGCAAGCUAUCGGUGUCCCAGCUGUCGGCCUCACCGCGAGGCAGGGGCCAGUCCCCGGCGCCGCACGGCCGCAGCCCUCGGCAGGAGGGGGGGAUCACUCACCUGGAGGCCGACCUCGGCUCGCCGGACCCGGAGCCCUGUGCCGGCGACCAGCUGCGGGCGCUGCCCUUCGCCCCGCUGCAGGUGCCCAUCGCCGCCGUGGGGCUGCAGGCAGCUCCCGCACGCUGCUGUCCCGCGCCUCCCUGGCACGCCUGCAUGCCGCCGGCUUCCCGGAGAUCCUGGAUCGCAACCAGGAGCCAGUAGAAAUCUCGGAGCCGGUGGACCCGGCGAGUUUCAGCCCGCAGCUGGAGGAAGCCGACCCUCUGCAAGGCAACGAAAUAAUCCUGCAGUUCCUGGCCUUUGGCAGGGAUGCCCGGGACGGCGCAGAGGGGACGUGGCCUCAGACCAUCUUCCUCACCUUCCAGUUCUACCGUUUCCCACCGGUCACCACACCGCGGCUGCGGCUGGUCAGCGUGGAUGGGGGGCUGGCGGCCGGGCAGGCUGUGCCGGCGCAGCUCCUUGUCCAGGUGAACAAGGAUGGGACCCUCGGCACCGGACCGCCGGGCUUGCAGCUGAAGUACAUGGUGGAUCCCGCUUUCCUGCGGCGCGGGGAGCAGCGCUGGUUUGUGCGGUACCUGGCCGAGCACAGCCUCCAGAUUGACGUCUGGGAUGGAGACUCCCUGCUCCUUGUUGGCUCCGCUGCCGUUAAACUGGAGCCCCUGCUGCGCCAGGGCCGGGCGGCCGUCAGGACCCACCACGAGCUGGAGGUGGCCACCACCGAGUACGAGCCGGACGUGGCGGUGAUGGGCCGGGAAGCGCUGCGGCACGGCGCCCUGCGGCCCCUCGGUGUCCGCGUGGCGGUGAGGGGCCGCCUCCACCUCUGCCUGGCCAACGUCGGCCACCCGUGUGAGGAGACCCCGGGGCAGCUGCCGUCCUCGCCGCCGUCCCGCUCCCGCCCCGUGCGCACGUCAGACAGCACUGGCAGCGUCCUGGCAGGCAGCUGGUUCUCCCCGAAUGCCGCCGGUGGCGGGCGGGUGUUGCGGGCACGGAGGCUGGCUGAGGUGGACAGUGAGCUGGCGGCCGUGCUGCGCAGCCGCCGGCCAGAGGCAAGGCUGGCUCCCCCGGCUGUCCCCAACGAGGCUGCGGCCGCCCGCCGGCGCAAGCUGCGGCGCAUGGCGCUGGUGCGGCAGCAGGAGGACGCCAGCGGCGGGAGGACGCCCCAGCUCUCGGGCUGGCAGGAGCAGCGCGCCCGGCACAUGCAGGACCUGCAGAUCAUCGAUGCCUACCGGGAGCACGUCAAGGGCGAGAGCAUCUCCCGGAUGCUCAACCAGGCCAUCACCGCCACCCACACCGUGCACGCCGUGCUGGGGACGGCAGAGUUCUUUGAGUUUGCCCUGAGGAACCCCUAUGGCGUCCAGCACACCGUGACCAUCGAGGUUGACCACCCUGAGCUCAGCGUCAUACUAGACCCGAGGGAGUGGCGGCACUUCAAGGAGCUGACCAAGAGUGUGACGCCAGUGGAGGAGGAGAUGUUCCACCUCCGUGAUGACCUCAGACCUCAGGUCUACCUGCGCCCCAAUGAGACCGUCCGCAUCCCCUUCAAAUACCAGACCUUCUCUGCGGACCCUGCGGUCGUCGCAGCGCAGGGACCAGCAGGGCUGGGUGCCGGUGCCGACGUGGCCGCCCCCUCCCUGGGGGAGAGCGGGGCUGGGCGGACAAAGCACAUCCAGGUCUCCUUCCAGGUGAGCGGGGGGAAACCCAUUGCGCUCCUGCGGGUGAAGGUGGAGCCACAGCCCCACGUCGUGGACCAGACGUUCCGCUUCUACCACCCGGAGCUCACCUUCCUGAAGAAGACCAUUCGGCUGCCCCCCUGGCACACUCUCCCCGGUGCGCCGGUGGGGAUGCCGGGGGGGGAGCCCGAGAUGUUUGUUCGCUGCAGCGACCCUGACAUCAUUUGUGAAACCAAAAAUAUGGGGCCUGGGGAGCCGCAGGACAUCUUCUUAAAAGUCGCCGGAGGACCAAGCCCGCAGAUCAAAAAGUUCUUUGUUGCUAUUUAUACGGACGCCUGGCUGGCGGCGCCUGUCCAGAUCUGGCAGUUCUACCUGCACUCGCUGCAGCGCCUGGACGUCAGCUGCACGGCCGGGCAGCUCGCCCGCCUCUCCCUGCUGCUGCGGGGCACCCCGGCCCCGCGCAGGGUGCGGGCGUUCACCUCCCACCCCCAGGAGCUGCAGGUGGAUCCGGCCGGCACCUUCCUUCUCCCCGCCAACGGCAUCCAGGACCUGUACGUCGGCGUGAGGCCUCGGCGGGCCGGCAGCAGGUUCAUCUACCUCAACCUGGUGGACGUGGAGUCCCACCAGCUGGUGUCCUCCUGGCUGCUCUGCCUCUCCUGCCGGCAGCCCCUCAUCUCCAAGGCCUUCGAGAUCUCGCUCCCCGCGGGAGGCGGGAGGGGCUGCAACAAGCGCAUCACCUACACCAACCCCUACCCCUCGCCCAGGCUCUACUUCUUGUGCACCAACCGACCCGACCUCCUCCAGUUCAAGGAGGAUUCCUUCGAGGUCGCCGGCGGGGAGGUGUACACCAUCGGCUUGCGCUUCGCCCCAAGCCAGGGCGCGGGGGAGGAGGAGAUCCUCAUUCACAUCAACGACCACGAGGACAAGAACGAGGAAACCUUCUGCGUGAAGGUCCUCUACCAGUGAGGCCGCCCGUGGCAGAGCGGCUGGUCUCUGCACCAGCGCCGCCUCGGGGAUGCCUGCGUCUCUGCGAUGGGGGGCGUGAGCCCCGUCCCCUCGUAGUCACCGUACGGAGCUGGGAGGUCUUGCUGUCGGCCGGGAUCCCCGGGCGUUGCCGUGAGCGCCGGUGGUGCCACGCGGCUCCAUCUGUGCAAAUCGGGGCGAGCGAAUGUAUUGGUUACCGUGCGUCAUGACCACGGGGCGUCUUUAUUUUUGUUAAGCGUUACUAUAUUUUAGGCAUGUUGGAUCUUUUUUUAACUUAAAGAGUUUGCAGAUCUGAUUCUGUGGAAUAUUUUUAAAGUAUUUUGUAUUCUACAAUGAGUUUUGUACAUGCUGAACCAGUUUUCUGGGGUUUUCGAUACUUUUUUUACUCAUCCUUGAUCAAUUAAACUUGCUGUGCAGAA